AUGGCUAAAGCAUAUUUUACCUGCAUUACAAAAGCACAGAAUUAUUCCAAUACACCAAAUUAUCAUUUUGAAACAGAAGCACGAUUGAACUUUUUCACUGAUCUUGGUUUUAAGGCGUUGAAAGAUGAAAUGAAGCACUCUCUAUCUUAUAAAACAGAAGGUCUACAGUAUUCUCUAUCAAUGAAAGCUAUUGGUAAGUGUUCACAAAUGUUUUAG